AUGGCUGGGGCUUCUCUGAACCUUUCUGGGAUGUCCCCGCAGCUAGUGGCUCUCACCUGCCUGCUUCUCACUUGUAGCGCACUGAGGGAACAGGUACCCUUGGGUGAAAACGUGUCCCACUGUGAGCUCUCCCUGCCUCCCUGGGGAGCGCUUGAUGGUGGUAGUCACCCGAACCCUGGCAUUCUGAUCGCUAACCCCGGGUUCCAAGUGCCACAGGGCCGCUCAGUUUGGAUCGACCUACUGCGGGACUUGGUGAUUCGAGUGCAGCGAGAGGACCAAUGCACGGUGACAGUGCUGGACAUCCCGCGGCUCCAAGGCACACUCUCCCCGCACCAAUUUCCCUGUGAUUUUGGGGCCCACCCGGUCCAGUACACUCACUUCGGCUCACCCAGCACCACAAGGACCCGGAUACAGCUGCAGCUACGCUGCUACAACGCAGGGAAUUCCACGCUGGUGCUGCCCUUCACCCUGCAAGUGAAUGUAGUCUUCCAGCUUCAGUUGGUGACAUGCAACAGGCCGUUGAAAGUGUUUAAAGUGCUAAUCUGCAGCCAGGCCAUCGACAGGAGAGUGCUAAACUUCACCUCCAGGAGCAGGUGCAGGCUCACCUUGAUUCCCCACCCUGGUGGACCACUCCCCAAGUAUGGACGCUUGGUGGACUCCACUGGGACCCCUCUCUCCAGGGGCUAUCUGGCCGACUGUGAGGCUUUUAUCCAGGCUGGGGUGCGCUACUAGCAUACUGUCACACCAUCCUCAGCCAGCAGGGACUACGUGCCCAUGCUAGUGGAGCUGCUGGGGCCAGAGUCUCAAGGCACCAGGUCAGUGGAGGUGCUAGCCCAGGAGUAUGUCCAGCUUCAAGUCAGAAUCCAGAGGGGAGCCAGGAACACAGCACCGAGACCCAGGCUCAGGGCUCUAAUGAUGGUAGAAGUUGAACAAUCCUUACUGACCGCCCUGACUGCGCUGGCUGCAGAAGACAGCGAGUCAGACCCUGACGACUUAGUCUUCAACAUUCUCAAUGUCCCCAAGUCUGCACCUGGACACCAGAGUCGACAGGGUUAUGUGGUGAACACAGAUGACCCCCUGGGCCUUCCAGUCUCUUUCUUUACCCAGAAAGAGCUUCGAGAGCUGAAAAUUGCCUAUCGACCCCCAGCGGGGAGCUCAAAAGGGGACCGCAUCUUUCUGCUCAAACUGCAGGUGGUGGAUGAAGAUGGUGACACCUCUGAGCCUUUUGCCUUCAUGGUGGUGGUGAGGUCUAUAAAUGCUCUGGCUCCGAUAGCUAACUCCAGUGGACGACUUGCGGUUUUUGAAGGCCAGGCAAGGCCUGUGUCCGAUGCCCAAAGCUUUCAGGUCAAUGAUAAAGACAAUUCGAAAGAAAUAAGAAUCGCUGCAGUCAGAGGUUUGCAACACGGGCAGCUGGUGGUGCGUGGGGCACCUGCUGGAUGCAAGUAUUUCACACCAGCAGACCUAAGUACAGGGCAUAUAGUGCAUGAUGGUAGUGACUCUUACAGCGACAACAUCAUCCUCAAGAUGGAGGAUGGGCACCACCAGGUGGACUUCCUGUUCCCCAUCGCGAUCGUGCCUUUGGACGACAACAAGGCACCAGUGCUCACCACCAACACGGGACUCUCCGUGACUAAAGAACAGAUAGUCCAGAUAUCCCCCUUUGUCUUGUGUGCCACCGAUAGUGAUUCCGAGGACUCAGCUAUCCUCUUUGUGUUGGAAGACCAACACCCGGAAGGAAAAGAGGAAGAGGGGCAUAAAAAUCUAGCCCCUGGUUCCUACGGCUCAAGCCAGCACCCCGGCAGCAUGCUGCUUAGGCAGGUUAAGACCCCCUCAUCCCUUCUGCACAGUGACUGGCACUACGUGGAAAAGGAAGGACUUUAUGAGAAAGUAGUAACUGAGUGGCUGCAGAGAGACAUAAUGGAAGGGAGACUGUUCUUCUCCCAUCCUGGACCACACAGCAGCACAUCUCCAGUGGUCCAUCUGGCCUUCCAUGUGCAGGAUGACCAUGACUCACCAAAUGUCUCCAACCAGCACUUGUUUACCGUCAGCCUCCAGCCUACAGAUAAGCUGCGUCCUCAGCUGUCUCCAGAAAUUACCCUAGAAAUGACAGUGCGAGGAUACCAGCUCACUCCCUUCCAGAAGAAGUCCCUCCAGGACACUGACCAGAACUCGGAUGAACAGAACCUGUGGUAUACUCUACUGACACGACCAACGGAUAUGGACAGCAACCACCAAGUCCAGGCUGGAGAAAUCGUGCUCACUGAUUCACCAAAUAGAUCCAUCACUCAUUUUACCCAAGCCCAGGUCAAUCAUCAAAAAAUUGCUUAUCGACCCCCACAGAAGAAUCUGGGCCUCGUACCCCGAGUUGUACAAUUCACCUACAAGGUGGAAGACACUGCAGGCAACAGUGUGCCUGGCACAUUCACACUAUUCCUGCAGCCUUUGAACAAUCAGCCACCAAAAGUCAUCAACAGAGGCUUUGCUGUCUUACAGGGAAAUAGCUUUAUUCUUGGCAGAGGUGAACUUAAUGUUUCAGACCCUGACACCAAUGCUGAUCAAAUUGUCUUCAUUUUAGUUUGGGGUCCCCAGCAUGGACACUUACAGUACUUUUAAAAAUAUAUGGUUUUAGGAGAAUCAUUUAUGCUAGCUGAUGUUAUCAAUGGGAACAUCUCUUAUCAGCACAGUGGAGACCAGACAACCAGUGACAUCAUCUACCUAGAGGUAAGUGAUGGAGUACACCAUAUACCCAUCACUGUCCAGGUUUCUGUGUGGCCCACUGUGGCUGACAGAAGUCCCGGAAUCUCUAUUGCAGGGACUCCAGUGUUGGCUAUUUCUCUAGAUGUGCUUGAAAACGCAGCUUCUGAGAUCACCAUGGGCAUUAUUCAUGGCAGAAAGGGCGCAAAGGAUUUGAUGCUCUCUUUCAUUGUGGAGGACAUGCCCAAACUGGGCAUGAUUCGGGUGAAUGGUUUACCUGCAGAACGAGUCACUCAGGAGGACCUCCUUGGUGGGGCAGUAAGCUAUGUUCACACUGGAGGCGAAAUUGGCUUCCAAAGGGUACAUGAUGCAUUCAGCUUCAUCCUCUCCAAAGAUGCUUAUCCCUGGACCAUGGGCGACAACACGCUAGAGAGGGUGCUGGUGGAAGUGACAGUACUGUCCAUGGACAACAUGCCCCCUGAGGUCUUGGUAGGAGAGCCCUUUGUCGUUUAUGAAGGUGGGAAGAAGCUCUUGACCCCACAACAUGUCAAAAUUGAAGAUGUGCACACUUCCAAAGAUGAAAUCCUUUGCACUCUGACUGCACAGCCAUCCUCCGGCUACCUGGAAAACUUGGCACCGGCUCCGGGUUCAGAAGUGUCACCUGGCAGCCCCAUCAGUGCCUUCUUCAUCAAGGAUGUUUGAGUGGGGUGCAUCAAUUAUGUACAGAGCAUCCAUAAGAGAGCAGAACCAGGAGCAGAUCAAUUCGCCUUUUACUGCUCUGACGGCAUCAACUUCUCCCCAGAUGUCCUCCUCCCUCUCACCAUCUUGCCCACCAAUGAUGAGCAGCCUGAAGUUGUCAGCCAUGAGUUUGUGGUAUUAGAGGGGAUGAGCCGGGUCAUAGACACCUCGCUGGUGCAUGGGGUCGAUGCUGACUUCCCAUCAGCAGAUAAGCUUCACUUUCGACUCACCGUCCUCCCCCAGCAUGGACGAAUCAUACAGCAGCUGACCGCAGGCAGUAAGCCCAUCCAUGGCUUUACCUUGCAGAAGAUCCAAGAGCCCUCCUCCAUUGACUAUGAGCAUGAUGACUCAGAGAGCACGGAGGACAGCUUCGAGUUCUGGCUGAGUGACGGCAGGCACGCCACUCACAAGAAGGUGCCCAUUGUUGUAAUUUUGGUGGAUGAUGAGGUUCCUCGGCUGACCAUCAAUGGCGGGCUCGAAGUAGAAACUGGACACUCCGAGAUCAUCACAAAUCAGAGGCUCAGAGCCACGGACGUUGACUCAGAUAACAAGAGUCUCAGGUUUGUUCUCCGCUCUGAGCUCCAACAGGGGCUUCUGCCAAGAGGGAAAAGAGAGGAGCUCCAGCUAGAUCCCAGGGGUGGGAUCCCAGUCUCCAGACAUCUUGGGAAGGGACUUACGUUUCCGGAUCUUCGUUUCUUCCUUAAUUUCAUCAGUCAAGGAUUCAACAGAGGCCUUGUCUCCUUCCAUGUGCAGAGCGCCACAGCUGCAGGGAACCGGGGACUGCAGGAUGCCACCAUGCCUCGGAGCCUGUUCAGCCUGAGCAAAUCGAAGGGCGGGAUUCAUGGCCAGGAAGCAAACGAUCAUGUUGUGAAGUUCCUGCUAGAAGAUCUUCAGAGUGUGGAGAGUGCAGAUGCCUUACAGAAGCUAACUGCAGCCUCCAGCCAACUCCAGUCCCCGUCAUUGUUCCUUCCACUGCUUCUGCUCACGGCCUCUUUCUCCCUCACACUUGCAGGAGGAAACCAGCUGAGAAAUCAUGCUUUCCAUCUACAGUGGGCUUGGAUUUCUUUGGAAAAAGAGUGCUACAUUGUGGAUGGAGACUCCCCAUUCCUUAAAGUGACCCUCACCCGCAGGGGAUACCUUGGAAGCACAUCUGUCAUUAGUAUUAGAACCAAAGGAGACACUGCUGAAGAAAAUAAGGAUUUUAAAGGAAAAGCUCCUACACUGGUCCAGUUCAGUCCUGGUCAGACUACAGCCACGUGGAAGGUGGGACUUAUACCCGACACCAAGUAUGAGAUCUCAGAAACUUUCCAGAUCAUUCUCUCAGAACCUGGCAGGGCUGCACUGGAGUUUCCAGAGAUGGCAACAGUUGAAAUUGUAGAUCCUGAAGAUGAAUCAACAGUUUACAUUCCGGAGGCAGAAUACAAGCUGCCAGAGGCUGCUGGGGAGUUUCUGGUUCCUGUAAGACGAUCUGGGGAUAUUAGCCAGGAGCUCACAGUCAUCUGCCCCACUGGUCCAGGUUCUGCCACGGGUACAAUUCCUUCUGUGGAGUUAUCUUUGUCAGAUUAUGUCUCAAGACCAGAGGAUAGCACCAGCAUGCUCCACUUUGAAGAGGAUGAGGGUGAGAAGACCUGACAGGUCCUGAUUAUCAAUGACUCCCUUCAUGAAGAGGAGGAGUCCUUCAGCAUUGCCCUGAGCCUGCCAGUGGGAGGGCAGCUGGGAGCCAGAUUCCCCACCGCCAGGGUAACAGUCCUGGCUGACAGAGAGGAUGAGCCUGCCCUGCACUUUGACUACUCUGAGUAUCACAUUGAGGAAUGUGCUGGCUACGUGGAGGUGGCCAUCUGGAGAAGAGGCGCUGACCUUUCACGAGCAUCUUCUGUCAUGGUGCGCUCUGGGAGGACAGAGCAACUCGCAGCAGAAGCUAGGACAGACUAUGUUGGUGUCAGCCAACAUCUGCAUUUUAGCCCAGGAGUGAGUCUGCAAAGACUCCGAGUGACAAUCCUUGAUGACCUGCCACGGCCUGCCUUUCAGGGUCCAGAGAUGUUUGAAUUACUUCUCCAGAUGCCUACAGGUGCAGUGCUUGGAGAACUGAAUAAAACCACUGUUAACAUCAAUGACAAGAUCACCAACUGUGAAGAGGAGUUUGUGUAG